ACCUUUGCUCAGCUGGGCACUAACCGCGAGCAGAACCCGCUCGCGAGCUCAGACUGCGCCCGGACCCAGCCCAGCAGCUGGGCUGUCGUCGCACGUGCACCUCACCGGCCGGAUGACCUCACCAGAAUGUGCUAUAAGCAGCAAUAAAACUUCAAGAGAAAUGACAAACACCGCAGCUGUCUCGGCUCCCUCGCAUUCGCGUUCCAUCGCGGUCCAAAAACCCGUUGCGGACCGCCGCGCUUAUGAAGUUAUCCUGGUUGGAGGCGGUCCUGAAGCGGACGGCGGCAGCCAGGCGCGCUUCUUGCUGGUCAGCGAUCCGGAGGCGGUCUUCCCCGCGGUUUGCGUCAACAUGCAGGCGGGCUAUUUUGACGACCCAGACGACGUGCCCGGCUUCGCGCACUGGCUGGAGCAUGCGGUGCACCUGGGCAGUGGGCGCUACCCGGAUGAGAAGGACUACAAGUACUUCCUCAGCCAGCACGGCGGCAGCAGCAACGCAUCCACCGGCAUGGCACACACCAGCUACCACUUCAGCGUGUCUGCGGCCGCGCUGCCGGGGGCUCUGGACCGCCUCGGCCGCUUCUUCAUAGACCCGCUGCUGGAGCGGGAGAGCCUGCUGCGGGAGGUGGAGAACGUGCACGCCGAGUGGAGCCGCAACACCAACAGCGACGCCCGCAAGCUGCUGCAGCUGCGGCGGGUGGCGGCGGGGCCGCCGCUGGCCAAGUUCUCUACGGGCAACAUCACCACACUGCGCGACGCGCCGGCUGCUGCGGGCGUGGAUGUGCCCGCAGCCCUGGCCAAGUUCUGGCGCGAGCGCUACACGUCGGGCCACCUGAGGGGCUGUGUGGUGGCGCCCCAGCCGCUGCCCCAGCUGCGGGACUGGGUGGCCGCCGCGUUCGCAGACGUACCCUCCCGCCGCGACCCCGCACCCGCACCCACACCCACGCCCAUCACCACCACCGCCAGCCCGGACGCCGCUGCUACAGCCAUCGAGCAACAGCAGCAGCAGCACCAGCAGCUGCCACAGCCACAGCCUUCGGAGGCGGCGGGCUCCGGCGGGGCGCGCUACAGCUUUGCGGCCAUGGGCGGGCCGGGCCGGUGCGGGCGGCUGUUCCGUGUGGCCAGCGCGCGGGGGCUGCGGCAGCUGGAGGUGGUUUGGCACGUGCCGUACGGCAUGGCCGCAGACAUGGGGAGCAAGCCGUGGCGGUGGGCGGGGCACGUGUUGGGCCACGAGGGCCGCGGCAGCCUGGCGGCGCUGCUGCGGGGCUCGGGCCUGGCGCAGGCGCUGUCGGCCGGGCCCUUUGACGAGGUCCGGCUGGGUGAGGGCUUCCUGCAGUGGGGCGUGACCCUGACGCUGUCGGAGGAGGGGCUGGGCCGGCUGGAGGACGUGGUGCGGCUGGUGUUCGCGGCGGUCAAGGCCAUGUGCGCGCUUGGCGAGGGGCCGCGGCGGGCGGUGUGGGAGGAGGUGGCGGCGGCCGCGGCGGUGAGGUGGCAGUACGCCGACCGCAGCGCGCCGCUGGACCUGGCGCGGGAGGCGGCGCAGCGGCUGCACUACUUUGAGCCCGAGGCUGUGCUGGCCGGCCCCGCCUUGCUGACCGCCUACGACCCCGCCGCGCUGGCCCGCUUCCUGGCCCACCUGACGCCGGCCGCCGCCAACGUGUUCGUGGCGGACAGCUCCUUCGCCGGCAGCACGACACACGUGGAGAAGUGGUACGGCGCCAAGUACUCGGAGGAGCCGCUGCCGCCGUACAUGUAUGACACGUUCACUGACGAUGUGGCGGCGGCGGCGGUUACGGAUUCUACGGUUACGACAGCGGCGGCGGCCGCCGCCACCUCUGCUGCGAGUGUGGACCCGGCCGGUUCCCCCGCCGACCCCAUGCCGCUGCUGCUGUCGCGCCUGCGGCUGCCGCCGACGCCCAACUGGGCCCUGCCCGUCGACACAAGCCUGGUGGCGGCGCCGGAGGCGGCAGACGGAGUGGAGGCCGCGGAGGUGGAGGCGGAGAUGGAGCGGGGGAGCAAGCGGCCGCGGAGCGGCGACAACGGCGGGGUGGCUGAGGGUGCGGGUGCGGGCUCACAGGGUGCGGGGGCCCCCGCGGCCCCUGGUGGCGACACGGCGCCGGCGCUGCUGCUGGACGAGGGCGGCGGCGCGGUGCGGCUGUGGCACCGAACUGACGUGUCGUUUGGUGUGCCCAAGACGCACGUGUUUGCGCACCUGGUCACCCCGGCCGCCUACGCCUCCCCCGCCGCCUGGGUGACGGCCCGCCUGGCCUGCCGCGUCAUGGAGGAGCUGCUACAGCCCGACGUUUACGACGCACAGCUGGUGGGCACCGGCUACAGCCUGUCUGCCUCUGAGACCGGGCUGCUGCUGGGCUGUAGCGGCUUCAGUGGCGUGGUGCCGCAGCUGCUACAGCGGGUGGCGGCGGCGCUGGCGGCAGUCAGCCGGGAGCAGGUGGAGGCGCGGUACUGGCUGGUGCACGGCAAGCUGCUGCAGGGGCUGCGCAUGUGGCGACACAACAACCCAGCACAGCACGCCGAGUACGCUGCCGAGCACUUGCUGCAGCUGCCGCAGUGGCACGCCGAGGCAUGCAUCGCAGUGCUGGAGGCGGCGGCGGCUGAGGCGGGAGGAGGAGGAGAAGCAGCAGCAGCAGGAGCGGGCGCGAAGCAGCAGCAGGGGCAGCAGCAGCAGCAGCAGCAGGGUGUGGAGGUGGGGGCGCAAGGGGAGGAGAGGGUGGAGGAGGCGGCGGCAGGCCCGGGCGCGGUGUGGCGCUUCCUUCGUGGCCUGGGCUCCGGCGCGGCGCUGGAGGUGCUGGUGUGGGGCAACAGCACGGAGCAGCAGGCGCGAGACCUGUGCGCCACGCUGGUGCAGCACCUGCGGCCCACGGGCCUGGGGCCGGGCGGCUGGCCCGCGACCCGCGUGCUGAGCCUGCGGCCGGCCUCCUUUCCUGCUGCGCCGCCACAGCACGCAGCCACUGAACACCAGGCCCGGGCUAACGGCCUCUCCGCGGAGGCGGAGGCAGCGGCGGCGGGGGCGGGGGAGGGGGCGGAGGGGGCGGCGCCUUCUGCCGCUGUUGCUACCGCCGCCGCCGCCGCUGCUGCUACUCCUGCUACAGCCGCCCCCCUGGGCCCAGUGCUGCUGCGCCACGUGCCGGACAACCCCAACCCCUCCAACUCCAACAGCGCCGUCUUCCUGCUGUGCCAGGUGGGUGAGGACGACCCGUCCGACGUGCUGCCCGCUGUGCUGCUGGACCUGACGGCGGCGGUGGCGGCCAAGCCCGCCUUCCACGCCCUGCGCACGCGGCAGCGCCUGGGCUACGCGGUGUCACUGGGCCGGCACCGCCUGGGUGGCGUGAUGGGGCUCACGGUGCGGGUGCAGUCGCCCGACAAGCGGCCCGACGUGCUGCGGCAGUGUGUGGCGCAGUGGCUGGCGGCGUUCGCCACAGAGCUGAGCGAUGAGCUCGACUACGACCUGCGGGCGGGAAUCCGGGAAUUAGGCGUGCUGGGUAAACGUUGUUUAGCGCGCCCAGGGCUUAUCGCGGGUAAGUAUGACUACCUGGGUCACGACAGUCACGCGACGCUCGGUAAAAUGGUGGGUAUCGAGCUGCCGGCCGAGCGGCUGGCCCACUUCAAGGCCUCGCUGCGGGAGCGCUACCUGGAGCCCGCCCGCAGCCUGGCGGAGGCGGCGCGGCAGGGCUGGGGGCCGGUGCGCUACCGCAGCUACGGCCACGGCUUUGACAAGCGGCGGCGGAAGGCGGCGGCGCUGGAGCGCGUGACGCUGCAGGACCUGGUCGCCUUCUACACCACACACCUGGUGCCCACCGCGCCCACAGCCCGCGUGCUGUGCUGCGAGCUGUGGGGCGGCCGCGUCAGCGACGGCGCCGCCGGCGGCGCCGCCGCGGCGGCGGCGGAGCCGCCGCCGCCAGAGGCGGCGCAGCCGCCCACGCUGCGGGGCGCGCCUCAGACUGCGGAGGCGGCGCAAGAGGCGGCGCAAGAGGCGGCGCAAGAGGCGGCGCCAGGGCCGGUGUGGCGGCGUGUGGGCGGCACGGCGGCGGAGGUGGCGGCGCUGCAGGCGGCACUGCCGCACUACUGCCAUGCAGACACUCUGGGCGUGAUGCGGCCGCUGCGGCCAGGCGCCGGCGCCUGAUGCGUUGGUGCAUGGGUGUAUGGAUGGAUUUGUGCAGGGGCAGCAUGCUGAAGAAGCAAGGCUGGGAUUGUGGGUUGUACCUCACGGCGGGGUGGAGUUGGGGCCUUCGGGGCAACACACACUGUGCGGGCUGCGGCGGUCAAGCGCGCGCGAAGCAAGCGGUUGUUUGGGUAGUGAGGAAACCCUGCUGAAUAGUUUCACGGCGUAUGAUGGUGCCAAUGUGAGUGGCGGCGCAACAGGCUGAGGGGAAUUCGUCGUGCGAGAAGGGUCCAGGAGUGCAGGAGGGUCAACGCUGCAGGCGGCUUGCGCGCUGAGUGUGUCAGCGCGGUGGCGGCAGUCGAGCGGCGCAGCUUUUUAGCGGCAAGCACAAAGCAUUUUACUUAAUUGUGCCCGUUGUGCACUCUAUUACCAUGGCGCUGUCAGGUUGCGAAGCGGGGGCAAACCUUCUUUGAAACCCU